AUGAAUCAUAUGAUCCCUUCUUGAAUUCUAGACCAUUUAGAGAAAAGGAAGCGUAUCAAGCCUUUCUCAAUUUUGGCGACGAAUAGAAUAGUUUCACCUUUAGGGAAAUUUUCGCCAAGUGAAUCUCCAUUAAGAUGAAAGAAUUUAAGUGUUUUAUCAACAAAAAGCCCUGCUAGAGAAGUUACUAAUCAUUAUGCAAAGAAACAGAGAAAUAUGAGCAAGUAUUAUCAUUUGGAGAAUGUGGUUUUGAGAAAUGAAGAAGGAAAAAAUAAAACGAUCAGCUUAACUUCAAAGAGCAAGAGUAUUUCUCCAGGUGAAAGAAAGAAAAAUGAAAUUUUCAAUAAAAAAUCAGAGAACGACUCUUUUGAGUCUUCUGAUUUCAUUAUAUUUGACACUUGCAAGCAAGCGCCAAUCCUCAAAGAAAAAUUUCGGCAAAUUCUGCCUCCUAUAAAAAAAAGGAUAAGAAAACCCCGAGAAAUCAUAAAAUUCGAAAAUUCAGGAAUUCAAUGCGAAUCUCCAAACCUAGACCGUGCGAAUGAGACUCAAAGCAAAAGUAAGACAAAUAAAAAAGACCGACUAUCAGAAACAAUUAACGAUUCGAAAAUUAAAAAUCAGGACGGCAGCAUUGAUAAAAAUUCUACUCAUUACAGUGUAUCUGGAUGACGGCAAGCUGAGGAAAACGGUCACAAUACAUAA